CAUUCUACACCGAAAUUCCAAAAUCCUAAAAAUGUAAGAAAGAUUUGGAAAUCUUUCACAUCGUUUUUUUUUUUUUUUUCCCUUUCAAAGUAGUGGAUUUUCAGCCAUUUUUGCAUGAAAGAUCUGUUGUGAUUGUUCUAAUUCAUUUGCACCAGUGUUGUUUUUUUCUUUUUAUAUAUACCGUAUCAACGAUGUUGGGUUUGGGGCCUUUGGGCAAAAGAUAAUGAUCAAAUUAUGUUUACUUGCACUCUAAGCAACCCCAAAUCAGAAGAUCAACUCAUUCACCUUAUCCCCUGAAGCCGCAAUAAUUACAUUAGGCAGUAGCGAUGGACCGAAUGAGACCGGUGUAUAUUAGACAGAAGAGCGCAACGGGGACGGGGACGGGGACGCCGGGGGCACCAUCAUCGCCAAUGAUGUCGCCAAGGAACCGCCAUGCACGGUCAGGGUCCCUCACGGGGGCAAACUUGAAGAAGCAGAAAGCUGCAGCACAGAGGCUUGCGCAGGUGAUGGCACAUCAACAAGCCGAUGAGGGUGAUGAGGAGGAUGAUCUUUUUGAUGAUUAUAGCACGACAGUGGGUGGCGUUGGGAGCAUAGGGCUUGCAGGUGGACGGUCAGUGCGGUCUAUCUCUCCAAUGACAGUUCGUUCAGUUCAAGAACAACCUCCAUCUGCACGCUCUCCAUCAGUUGGCCGAUCUUCUCUAUCUAUCAACUCCGUCGAACAAACAUCCUCAGCUCGUUCAACAUCAGAUAGCCGGCCAUAUCAAUCCACUAACUCUCUGGAAAAACCUCUACCCAUUCGCUCUACAAUAACUGGCCGAUCUUCUCAGCCUACCAAUUCCAUUGAACAGCCUCCAUCUGCUCAUUCUACAUCAGCUGCUCGUCCUCUAUUAGGAGUCAAGACAGUUCCCUUGGUACCAUCUAGUGUACCAAUAUCACUAAGGCCUGCCACUUUCGCGAUUCCAUCAGAGUCUCCUAUUGAUAAUAGGAGAGGCAAAAGGCUGUCAAUGGAUUUGGGCAGUAUGAACCUAAAAGAAACCUCUAAUCAGAGUUCUUCUGCUCUACAAGAUGAGGUUGAUAUGCUACAGGAAGAAAAUGGAAGUUUACUCGAAAAGCUGCGACUUGCAGAGGAGAGGCUUGAGGAAGCAGAGGUGAGAGCUCGGCAACUUGAGAAACAGAUUGCUACUCUUGGAGAAGGUGUAACUUUAGAAGCCCGCCUUUUAAGCAGAAAGGAGGCAGCCCUGCAGCAAAGGGAGGCUGCCCUGAGAGUUGCUGCACAAACUCAUGUUGUUGGUACUGAGACUGUUGCCCUCCGGACAGAAGCUGAGAAUGCAAGGGAUGAGGCAACAUCUGCUUUGGAGCAGCUGCACGAAGCUGAAUGUGAGCUAAAAUCACUUCAAGUUAUGACUCAGAGAAUGAUAUUGACUCAGGAAGAGAUGGAAGAAGUUGUUCUGAAGAGGUGUUGGCUUGCUCAUUAUUGGAAUUUAUGUGUUCGACAUGGUAUUCACGCAGAGAUUGCUGGAGCAAGAUAUGAGUACUGGUCGUCUUUAGUCUCUCUGCCUGUGGAUGUUGUAUUAGCUGCUGGACAGAAAGCCAAGGAGGAGAUCCCAAAUGAUGAUUUAGAGGAAAGAGAGAAAGUUCCAUGUGAUUUGAAUGAACUUUCUGGAGAUGGGAAUAUUGAGAACAUGCUUGUAGUUGAGAAAGGUCUUCGGGAACUGGCUUCACUAAAGGUGGAGGAAGCAGUGGCUCUUGCAAUGGCUCAAAAUCGGCGACCGAGUUCACUGAGAUAUGGGGUCUCAGAAGAGGUAAAGCUAGCAUCUGAAGGACAGUUUGAAGCAUUUGAAUUGAGCCCAGAGGAAUGCGAAGAGGUGCUUUUUAAGCAGGCUUGGCUUAAAUAUUUCUGGAGAAGAGCAAAAAACCAUGGGCUGGAAACAGACAUAGCAGAUGAGCGUUUGCAAUUCUGGAUCAACCAUAACACAAACUCAUCACUUACUUCACACGAUGCAGUUGAUGUUGAGCGUGGCCUUCUGGAGCUCAGGAAGCUAGGUAUUGAAACCCAACUAUGGGAACAAUCUCGCAAGUGGCUCGAGCAAGAAUCCACCUCUAAGCCAUAUAGUCAGUCUAACUUCUAAUACACAUUGUAACUUUACAGAAAUUGAUGUUUGAGAGAACCUAUACUCCUCUGUGUUCACUUGUUAAACAAAGGAGAGAGCAUUCCCUAGGCUGCAUAUUGUGAAGCACAUCUCAUUCCUUCAUUGACUAUUUGUGUUAGAUUAUCCAUAGUCGUUACGCGGUCAUUUCACUUAUUGUAUUAGAGAGA